UUCAAACGGUGCACCUUUCAGAAUAAAUUGCCGUUAAAUUUUUAUAAACAUGCUCUUGCGCGGUUUGGGAUCCAAAGCGAGGUGCCCGUCUGAUAGAGUGCAAUAAUUUUGCCAGAUUUGUUUGCUUGGUCGGAAAGCAACAAGCAUUAGGGUUUAAGUUAAGUUUUUGACUCUUGGCCGACGGAGCGAGCCAAAGAUGUACGCGAGCCAGGCUGAUGGCGGAGCAGCCUCCCUGUUCUCUGGAGGCGGAUUCAUGCCCUCGCAAGCUACCCAAACGCCUGAUACUGGCUUCUUCAAGAGCCGCGGCGGCGUUCAGGCUGUGCUUCCCCUCACAGUGAAGCAGAUCAGCGAGGCCUAUCAUUCCAACGAUGACAAAUCUAAUUUCGUUGUUGAUGGUGUCGAGGCUUCCAAUGUGAGGCUAUUGGGGCUUGUGGUAAACAAGGCUGAGAGGGUUACAGAUGUCUCAUUUUCCCUUGAUGAUGGUACUGGAAGAGUCGAUAUCAAUCGCUGGGUGAAUGAAACAUCGGACUCAAAUGAGAUGGCCAUAAUCCAGAAUGGGAUGUAUGUUACCGUCAGUGGUAGCUUGAAAGGUUUCCAAGGAAAAAAACAUGUUGUUGCCUUCUGUGUCCGACCUGUUACUGAUUUCAAUCACAUCACCCUUCAUUUCCUCGAGUGCAUACAUGUCCAUCUGGAUAACAUUCGAGUGAAGCCUAAUGUGGCUGUGGGAACAGCAGCUCCCUUUAGGAAUGAUGCUAAGGGUUACCAAAUGCCUACUGCAAAUCAGUUCCCCACGCAUUCAGGUAGCAGUGGUUCGAACAAUGUGCUGAAGUUGGUCUUAGAUGUUUUUCAGGAACCAGCUAGCCUAGCACGUGAACAUGGACUUCAUGUGGAUGAAAUAAUCCAUCGCCUAGGGCUACCCGUGGCGAAGAUCAAGGAAGCUAUUGAAUAUCAUGUUGACAUAGGCAAUAUCUAUUCGACAGUUGAUGAAAACCACUACAAAUCCGCAUGCAAUGGUUGACCAUUUCAAGUGACCUUCUAGAAAAUUAUGGGAUUGCCCUCUCAAGCUAUAGCAUUUUAGUCCCCUUUUUUGUUUCCCCGUUUCUACUCGUCUUAUUUAACUAUUUUUUUUUUAAUUAUGGACUUUUGUUCGACAUUAUGUAACUAGCGUUUACAUGGUUUUCAAGGAAAUUGGCGAAUCUGAUUUAUUUUGCUUGAA